AUGCGUAUUCUCAUGGUGGGUCUUGAUAAUUCUGGAAAGACAACAAUAGUGUUGAAAAUCAAUGGUGAAGACACCAGUGUAAUCAAUCCCACACUUGGAUUCAACAUUAAAACCAUUAAUUACCAGAAGUAUAUUUUGAAUAUAUGGGAUGUUGGAGGGCAGAAAACAAUUAGAUCAUACUGGAGGAACUAUUUUGAACAGACUGAUGGGUUAGUUUGGGUGGUUGAUAGUUCGGAUCUGAGGAGGCUGGAUGAUUGUAAACAUGAAUUAGAUAAUCUUCUCAAAGAAGAGAGGUUAUCAGGAGCAUCACUGUUGAUUUUUGCUAAUAAGCAGGACAUACAAGGAGCUCUUUCACCAGAAGAAAUAGCAAAAGUGCUCAACUUGGAUGCCAUGGAUAAAACCAGACACUGGAGAAUUGUCGGAUGUAGUGCAUACACUGGGGAGGGACUGCUCGAAGGGUUUGAUUGGUUGGUCCAAGACAUUGCAUCUAGAAUCUAUAUGCUCGACUAG